AUGCCCGACAUCACCAAAGGCCCAGCAUGGACGCAGCAGGUGCCUCAUGGCGACGUUGUUCGGGCCGCUCCCCUCAUCGACGAUCAAAAGAACAUAUAUGUAACGACAAUUGCGGGCAGAUCCUACAAGCUCAGCGAGGACGGCAAAGUUCUUUGGAGCCACGAAACAGGCACCCGGGGGACUGUUCCGCAAGCGCCCUCCCUCUGGGAAUCGAAGUUGCUGCUGCUCACCAAGUUGGGAUAUCUUAUCGGAGUGAACAUCGAGACAGGCACCGAGGCGUGGGCCUAUCAGAUAGCGCCGAUGGUUGCGGGUUCCGCGGACUGUGCGCUGCUGACCCAGGGCCUAAUCAUCGUUGCAGUGCUCGACCCAGUGCCAGUGAAGUUGCUGUCAGAUCCCAUGGCAGCGCAUGCAGUGGGCAACAAUCGGAUCAUGGCACUGAGCGUGGCUGAAAAAUCUGUCCGCUGGACCUAUGCUCCGAAGCAGCCACUCUACAAUUUCCAAGGUGCCACGAUUCAUGAUGGGACUUUCGUUUUUCAGGACAUGACAGGUGGAGUCUAUCGUUUGUCAACGGAGGGUCGCCUGAUUUGGUAUUCGGUGACAUUGGACAGAGAGUCCGGCACAACUGCAGGGGCUGUGAUCCAGGAUGGCCGUGUUUUUGUCGUAAGCAACCUUGGCGGUGGGCCUCAGCUUGGAAAGGAGGGAAGAGGAGUCCUGCAUGUCUAUGACUACGAGGACGGUACUUUCCUUUGGUUGCAGGAUCUCCCCUAUGAGGGCAACCAAGCCGUCGCUGUGGGAAAUAUCCCGGGGAACGAGGGCAGAACGUCCCUAAUUCUUGGCAUGGGCAAGAAUCCGGGGGUGCCCGUUAUGGUGAAUAUGGUCGGGUGGAUGGCCUCCGUGUUUCCUUUCUUUGAUGUUCACAUUGGCUUGAUCUUCUUGCCGUUUCACUUGCUAAGCCUUUCCUUCCCGUCCCUCUUCGCGAAGAAGCAGGGUCGUUCAAUCGUGGCCUUGGAUGCUGCUACAGGAAAAGUCCUUUGGUAUUACGAGAUGGAGCCCUACCAGCGCCCUGCGGCAAUGGGGGAUUCUGAGAACUUGCUGGAGCGAGUGAAGUCGACCAUGGAUGGUUCCAACCCCAACAACGAGCCGUGGUGCCUGCCCGAUGCCAAUGCACAGCCCGUCAUUGACGGAGAGGGCACUGCCUUUGUGCCAUUUCAAGACGGGAAAGUGUACGCCCUGCGAGACGAGAACGGCGAUGGCAAGAUCUCGCCCGAGGAGGUCAGGGAGCACCUGGUCGGUGCGGCAUUCCAAGCGUCCGCUGCCAUGGCACCGGGUCUCCUUGCCCUCGUCGAUUGCAGCGGCCGCCUCGAGGUGUUCCGAGCACCAUGA